AUGGGUCAUUUUUUUGCUAACAUUGGAAAGCGCGCCGAAGGUGGAGCGCUCGAGCCGAACUUGUUCGGAUCUAUCGACAAGGCAAGGCCGCGUGGGCGGCGCACCGGGGAGCAGGCCGAGGCAGUUGCGGCGAGGAGAAGCUCGGGCGGCGCUGCAGAGAGGACGACAGUGGGCUCGGGCGGAGAGGACGCCACAGACUUGCCGCUGCGGUCGGACAUCCCCAUCGCCUACCUCUACCACCCGCUCUUCCAGUGGCUGUUGGAGGCGGCCCGGGACACGUAUGGCUACAGCUCGGCCGGCCCGCUCUGGCUGCCCUGCUGCGUCGACGAGUUCCUCCGCCUGCGCGCGCUCGUCGACCGGGAGACGACGCACUCGCACUCCUCCUCCUACUCGCACCGCGUGCACGUGCAGGACGUCGGCCACCAGCAGCACGGCAACUCCUUCGCCCCAUGCACCCGCGCCAAAAUCACCUCCUGA